UUAUAGCUGACUUAUAAUUUUCCUGUUGUGCCUUUUCUUUUAUUGUUCGGGUUUGUCUUGUAGCUGUCUCCUUUUCGCACUCUUUCUUAUGUUCAUUUUUUCUUGUAUUGAAACUCCUUCCUGUUUCCCCAAUGUAAGUUUUAUUGCAUAAUUGGCAUGGAAUCUCAUAUAUGGUGUUGCAUCUGUUGUCCGGAUGUAUUCUGUCUUUGGGAUGAACCAGGAUCUGACGGAGUGUUGUGUGUGGUUUGACAGGUGUGUUAAUGUUGUGUUUCCUCAUUACUCUUUGAAUGCGUUCAGUUAUUCCCCUGAUGUAUGGUAAUGUAACUACUCCCCUGUGUUCUUGUUUGUUAGUUUGUUUUUUCCCUUUCUUCUGUGUUUUGUUGUUCUUAACCUGUUCCGCCCCUUUGGAUAUUGCCCAUUGUGGAUAUUGACAUGCCUUCAGUGCGUGUUGUAUAUGUUGUUCCUCCUGUUCUUUGUCCUGUGAAUCUGUAAUUAUUGCUGUGCGUUCAUGUAAUGUUCUAACUACUGAUAUUUUGUGCAUUAUGGGGUGUUCGGAAGUCCAGUUUAAAUAUUGGUCGGUGUGUGUGGGUUUCCUGUGUACUUUUAUUUUGAUGUCCCCAUCUUCCGUGUGUUGUAUUUUCAAAUCCAAAAAUGCUAUUGACUGCUCUGUCUCUUCUUCAUGUGUGAAUUUUAUAUUGCCGGUAUUGUCUAUGGUGUUGAGAUGGUCGGUGAGCUGUUGAGUGUGUCCCCUCUUCACUUUUUCCAAUAUGUCGUCCACAUACCGUUUCCAGAGUGUUGGUCUGUAUUCCGAUGGUAUUGUAGUGAGUGCUUUCUGCUCCAGAUCUUCCAUGAAAAAGCCGCACAUGAUGGCUGAUAGUGGGUCUCCCAUGGCAAAACCUUCCUUCUGUCUGUAAAUUGUAUUCCUGAACUGAAAGUAUGUGGAUGUGGCGAUGAAUUGAAGGAGCUGAGUGAUGUCUUGUACAGUGAGGUUUGUGCGUUUCUUGAGCGUCCUGUCUGUUUUUAAUUUGUCUUGUACUACCUGUAUGGUGGCUUCCGUGGGUGUUCUGGUGAAAAGAGAUAUGACGUCGUGUGAUAUGAAAACUUCAUCUUGCUGCAUUUUGAUGUUUUUUAGUUCUUCUGCCAGUUGUUUUGAGUUCUUGCAAUGUUGGUCUGUGAGUCCUAGUAAUGGUUUAAUUAUUUCGGUGAGUGCUUUUGAUAAGUUGUAUGUGACUGAACCAAUGCUGUCUACUAUGGGGCGUAAUGGUGUUCCUGGUUUGUGUAUUUUUGGUGUGCCGUAAAUCCUGGGGAUGACAUUGGCUGUGGGUACUAAAUGAUUGUAAGCCUGCUUGUCUAUUUUGUUUUCUUUGAGUAGUGGUUUGAGUAGUGCUUUAAGUUUCUUUUUCUUGUCUUCUGUUGGGUCUUUUUUUAAUAUUUCAAAUGCGUUGUCACUGAGUAAUUCAUUCAUUUUUCGUUCAUAUUCAUCCGUGUCCAUAAUGACUGUUGUCCUGCCUUUAUCUGCUGGGAGGAUUGUGAUAUCUUUAUUUUUUGAUAACGUUCUCAUGGCUUUGGCUUCCUGUUUUGUGAUGUUACUGGGUGGUGGUUUGGCCGUUUUCAAUAUACCAGCUAUUGCGUUUCUUAGUGCUGCUUUUUGUCCCUGAUCCUGUAUUUUCUCACAUGCUAAUUCAGUUGCCAGAAUGAAUUCAUCGUGAGGUAUAUUGUUCGGUGUGACAGCGUAGUUGAGUCCUUUUGCCAGUAUACUGCGUUCUGCUUGUGAGAGUUUGUACCUUGAUAUAUUAUGAAUCCAUUUUUCGUUGAUGUGCGCGUGCUCCGGUUCUGCCUUCUUUUUCCAUGCGAUGAGUUUGUCCAGUUUUCGUAUUUGUCGGGUUUUUGUCAUGGUGAAUUCCUGUUCGUGUAUGUCUGCCAAGUGUCCGUGUAUUGCCAUUUCCAUUUCCUUGCUUUGGGGAAACCGGCGUUUGAAAGUUUCCGUCUCCCUGUGUAGUUCGCUGUUGAUAUUGUUUAGUUUAUCCGUUGUGCACCGUAUCCGUUCUUUUACCAGAGUCAUCCGCACUUUCCUGAUCAUCUUUUCCGCGUUUCUGGUUGGAAUCGGGUUCUUGAUGUUCAGGCUGGCCGGUACCACUUCUUCAUCCCGGCAGCGCAGAUUGAACCUCAGCACUUCUCAGAGCAGAUGGAGGAUUUCUCAAAUGAGCUCUUCAGCAGUUUUUUUGAUGAUCAUCUGCUAGCUGAGAGGACACCGCUGCUUGACAUGGAGCUCGAGCCACCGAACCCUGACAUCCAGCAGGAGCACAGCUACUCCCUUAGUGGUGACUCAGCUCCUCAGAGCCCUUCCAUGCCCAUCAAAUCAGACGACGAUGCAGAGGGCAUGUGGGCAUUCAGUCAGGACUUGACUGCCAUCUUAGUAAAACAGGAACCCAACCUCCUGUCUGAGCCAUCCCCUGGACCAGCACCCACGAUGCCUACUUCUAGCAGUGCCACCCAGCCAAUCACCCUCAAUCCACCACCACAGAAACGCCACAAUCAUGACAAGGUGGGCCAAGAACAGAACUCAAACGCAGUACCUACUAUCAAAGCAGAGCCCAGAGAGGUCAACCAGUUCCUCAGUGUCCCCACAGAGGAGCACCUGCAGCUCCCACCGACCCCUCCCAGCAGCCACGGCAGUGACAGCGAUGGAUCACAGAGUCCUCAUUCGCUGCCUCCAUCCAGCCCAGCUCACAUGCAGAGUCCUCAUUUGCUGGCGCCCUCCAGCCCCACCCGCCUACAGAGUCCUCAUUCGCUAGCACCCUCCAGCCCCGCCCGCCAUCCGGCUCGCUCGUCCACAGCUAUCUCAUCCUCUCCACUACUCACUGCUCCACAUAAGUUACAGGGCACGUCAGGUCCACUGAUGCUGACAGAAGAGGAGAAGCGGACGCUGAUGGCUGAAGGUUACCCCAUCCCGAACAAACUCCCGUUGACCAAGACAGAGGAGAAAGCCCUCAAACGAGUUCGCAGAAAAAUCAAAAACAAGAUCUCAGCACAGGAGAGCCGGCGCAAGAAGAAGGAGUAUGUGGAGUGUCUGGAGAAAAAGGUGGAGAACUACACUUCCGAGAACAAUGAACUGUGGAAGAAGGUGGAGACGCUCGAAAGUGCAAACAGGUCUUUGCUGCAGCAGUUACAGAAGCUUCAGGCUCUAGUCAGUGGCAAAGUGCCUCGAUCCUGUAAGAUGGCCUCCACACAGACCGGGACCUGUCUCAUGGUGGUGGCGCUGUGUUUUGUGCUGGUUUUGGGCUCGCUGGCUCCCUGCCUGCCUGAGCUCUCACUCUACUCUUCUUCCUCCUCCUCAUCCUCACCAUCACACACGGUGAAAUCUGGCCCGCUUCCCGCGACUCACCUCUACACCACCAGCCCGGUCCGGUCCCGCAGCCUGCUCUUCUAUGAGGAGGGUUCCUCGCUGGAGAACAGCCACAGGAGCAUGCUGAGUGUAAAGAGGGGGGAGGGGGCGCCACACCAAUAUACACAGGACCUGAAGGAGACCCACAAGCAGACUCACACUCACAUCAGCACGUACCUGAACCCAGCACAGUCUGACAAGAACAGCAGUGGCGCCCCCCUCCUCCACCAAGAGCAACACUUCCAUACACGAGAGAAUGAUCCUGAUGGAGAGGCUGAAUAUUUCUAACCUCUCUGAGCGGAGCUGCCUACAUCACAUAGGCCUCCGCUGACCUUUGACCCCAUGUCAUCCAGGCCCUACUCCUGGUGGUGCUCCCAAGUGUUACCACUCUUUCAUCCUACAAAACCAAGACAUCAUACACCACUCUCAGGCACACAGCCUGAGCACACCAAUGUGCAAAAAGAAGACAGAGAGAGAAGAGGGAACAGAAAAAUGACCCAGAGUGACUGAGUGAGAGAACGAGUGAAAAAGCUGCUGUUCUCUCUAAAAUCACACCAAAUUGGUAUUCUUCCUUCUAAGAUUUCUCUUCCUCUCUGUUCCCUUUUCUAAAAAAAAAUAAGAAAAAAGUACUGGCGUUAUAACAGGUGCCUGGUGUUCUGAGCUUUCACUUUCACAACAGAUUUCAGUCUAUGUGCCAAAAGUGUUAAACAAAAUGACACGAUCUUGGUCCAGUCUGUUGUGCAGUCUUUUAUGAUGGGAAACUUCCUUGAUUGGGUGUUACUAAUGCUCAGAGAAAUCUGUUACAAUGUCCAGCUUCAAUUUCCAGUUGACUGACAGACAAUUUCAGAUCUUCUAAAUGCCUCCCACUCGUAAAGCAUGAAUCGAAACAGAAACUGGACAACUUAUUGAAAAGUUUACUUAAUUUUUUGUUUUGUUUUAGGGUUUUUUUUUCCUGUUUUGUUUAUUACAUCUACAUUUUGAUUUUGAAACUGAUUCUUUUGCCUGUGGACCAUGUCAUGCUUAAUACUUCUAGCACAAAAGUGUUAAAGCCCAUACUUUAGUUAAAAGCAGUGUAUUCUUUUAUAUUCACCACAAGAACAGUUGAUGCAUUGAGUUAAAGCUGGACUGCACUUGUUUUGCACUAGGAAAACUAAUUGAUUUAAGUGCCUUCAAGUUAUUUUUUUUCCAUGUAUUCAUAUUUAAUAUUUACUAUUUUCUUAACCUCCAGUCUUCUCUUUUAGAUUCUUUUGAGCUUACUGAGAAUUAAAUGGAUUUUUAUUUUUUUUUUUACUGUUACAUUUAAAAAUCUAGAUGCAUUUGU